AUGUUAAGUAAUUCAUUUGGUUUAUCACGUAAACGACCGUUAGGAACAUCGGAUAAAGAAAAUGUUUGGUCAUCAGUCUUAGGAAUAGAUGUUAAUGAUUUGGGUGUGGCAGUUAAACAACCACGUCGUGCUUUUGGAUCAUCCGUAAAUGAAAAUAAUAUAUUUAAUACAUUUGAAAAUUCACUGCCAUAUUCACCUCCAGAUAGUUUUCUAUAUAAACCAAUAGACACUUGGUCUUCACUUGAUUUAGAUCGUAUUCAUCUUACUCCAACCCAAGAACCACGAGUUACUAAUUUAGUUCAUUCCGAAACUCGUUAUAAAAAUGGAUCAUUACGUCAAGUAUUAAAAUGGGUUCGUUCCUUAGGUCAAUAUGGUGAUGGAAAUAAUGCAUUUCGUGAACCAAAUAGUGUUGCAUGGCUUGAAUCUGGCAAAAUAGCUGUUGUUGAUACAAAUGCUCAUUGUAUUAAAGUCUUUCAUAGUGAAACAGGUCAAUUCGAAUAUUCAUUUGGUCGUGGACGAACAUUAGGUUGUCAAAAUUUACUUUAUCCAUAUCGUAUAGCUGUUGUACCAGGUGGAAAUGAUGAAUUAGUUGUUAUUCAACGUCAUCCACGUCCACAAAUUCAUGUCUUUAGUUGUUCAGGAGAAUUUAUUCGUCGAUUUGGUCAACAUUUAGAAAAACCACGUGCAUUAACUGUUGAUCAAUCCCAUCGUAUUAUUGUUAUUGAAUCACAAGUACAAAAAUUACAUAUAUUUUCAUUAGAUGGAAAAAUUCUUUCAUUAUUUCAUUUAAAUGAACAUUUACAAUUUCCAACAUCAAUUUGUUCAAAUAAUUAUGAAAUAUUUAUAUCUGAUAAUCAUCUUCAUACAAUUAAAGUAUUUUCAUAUAGUGGACAAUUGAUACGUGAAAUCAAAGAAGCAAAUUAUAUAACAUAUCCAACAAAUAUUAAAUUAAAUUCUAAAGGACAAUUAAUAACAAUUGAUAAUCAUCAAGGUUUAAAUAUAACUGUUUAUGAUGAAUAUGAACAAAAGAAACGUUUAGGUGCAUAUACAGCUCGAAUCUGUCAUUCACAAAUUCUUGAUGUUGCAAUAGAAUCAAAUUCAAAUAUUCUUCAUUUAGCAUCAAAAGAUUAUCGAGUUUAUACAUAUCAACUUCCGUUUCUUCUCAUUGAAUAUUCUAUAUCAACAAAUAUAAAUAAUAAACUACAACAAACUGAUGGUAAUGAUGAAACUAAUUCAAUAUCACCAGACGCACAAAUUCCUCCAUCUACCGACACAUCAACCCAACCGACUGAUCCAUCUGAAUCAAAACCAGUAAAAAAUGAUAAACCAAGUAAAUCAAAACAAGAUAGAAUAAUUAAAUAUCGUAUUAAAAAAGAACAGACAAUUCAAGAACAAAAUAAUCAACAAGAAAUCGAUGUUAAUUCUCAACAAGAAAAUAAUGAUCCGUUAAAUAAAAUCGAUGAUUAUCUAGCUAGUGUAACCGAUUCUCCAUCAGAUAUAAAACAAGUUGAUGAAGAUUUUCAAGAAGAUGAUGAUGAUAAAGUUCCGUUAACACCUGAAAUGGAACAUGCUAAUACAGUUUAUCAUCAUGCUAUGAAACUUAUUAAUGGAACAAUAAAUCGUCAAUAUGAAAUGGCUUAUAAAUUAUUCAAAAAAGCAGCUGAUUUAGGACAUAUUGGAGCGAAAGAAGAACUAGCAUUUGGACAUCUUAUGGGUGUAUAUUUACCAAUGGAUUUUCUACGUGCUAAAGCAUAUUUUGAUGAAGGAAUUGCAAUUGGAUCACCACAAUCUCAUUAUGGAAUUUAUUUAAUGAAUAGUGUUGGACUUAUUGCGAAUGCAAGUAUUUCAAAAGCUUUAGUUCAUUUAACAUUGGCAGCUGGUGAUCGUUAUCAUUUAGCUCAAAUGGCACUUGCUUAUCGAUAUUGGCGUUCAAUAAAUGUGGCUUAUAAUUGUGAAUCAGCUUUAAUGUUUUAUCAACAAGUGGCAACGCAUGUUGCUUCAAAAAUAUCUACAGCAAGUGGUCAAUUAGUACAACGUAUUCGUUUACAUGAUGAAGAACAACAUCCAACACAAAAUAAUAUUAUGUUAGAUAAUAAUCUUCUACAAUAUUAUCAAUUAUUAGCCGAUCGUGGUGAUCCACAAGCUCAAUAUGGUCUUGGUCAAUUAUAUUAUAUACGUGAUACAGCAUUCGAUAAAGCACUUUAUUAUUUUCGUUUAGCAGCUGAAAAAGGAAAUACGAAUGCUCUAGCAUAUCUCGGAAAAUUAUAUUCCGAAAAAAAUGAUUAUAUCAAACAAGAUAAUCAAACAGCAAUACAAUUUUUUCAACGUGCAGUUGAAAAAGGUAAUCCAAUAGGUCAAGCUGGUCUUGGUUUAGCAUAUUAUCAUGGUGCUGGUGUUGAACGAAAUUACGCAAAAGCAUUUAAAUUAUUUCAAUUAUCAGCUGAUCAAUCGUAUGUUGAAGGACAAUUAAUGCUCGGUGUUAUGUAUUCUAAUGGUGAAGGGGCAAAACAAGAUUUUAAAUUAGCUAUGAAAUGGUUCCAAGCAGCAUCUCAAUCUGGCCAUGUACUUGCUUAUUAUAAUUUAGCACAAAUGCAUGCAACUGGAACAGGUGUAUUACGAUCAUGUACAACAGCUACAGAACUUUUUAAAAAUGUUGCUGAACGUGGUCGAUGGUCACACAUGUUUACGGAAGCAUUUAAUCUAUAUAAACAAGGAUAUAUUGAACAGGCAUUUAUGAUCUAUUUAUAUUUAGCUGAACUUGGUUAUGAAGUAGCACAAUCGAAUGUUGCUUAUAUUAUUGAUCAAAUGUCAUUUGAUAUUUCAAAUGUAUAUAAAACUAAAGAAGAACGAUAUAAAAAAGCUUUAACUUAUUGGCAUAGAGCUGCUAUUCAAGGUUUUCAUUAUGCAACUAUUAAAUUAGGAGAUUAUUAUUAUUAUGGUUACGGAACUGAACAAAAUUAUGAAUCAGCGGCUAGUCAUUAUAAAUCUGCAAGUGAUCAAAGUCAAAAUUCUCAGGCUAUGUUUAAUUUAGCAUAUAUGUAUGAAAAAGGCUUAGGAUUAAAACGAGAUUUACAUUUAGCAAAACGUUUUUAUGAUAUGGCAGUCGAAGCAAAUUCAGAUGCAUAUUUACCAGUGACUAUUGUUCUUUUUAAACUUUAUUUAGAAUCUGUUUAUGAAAAAUUGUUUUCAAAUGAUAAAUCAACAAAUAAAAAAGAAACAAAUUCACCGCCUUCAGUUGAUUUAGAUUCAUUAUGGGAUUUAUAUUUAAUUGCAGCAUUAUUGGGACUUAUCGGUGCUUUAUAUACAAUACGUAGACAAAGAGCUGUUUUACGACAACGUGCAGUUCCGGUGCAGUGA